CUGUCCGCAGUCUCUGGUCAUCCCGGUGCUGUCCGCAGUCUCUGGUCAUCCCUGUGCUGUCCGCAGUCUCUGGUCAUCCCUGUGCUGUCCGCAGUCUCUGGCCAUCUCCUGUGCUGUCCGCAGUCUCUGGUCAUCUCCUGUACUGUGUCCGCAGUCUCUGGUCAUUCUCUUGUCAUCUUCUGUACUAUGUCCGCAGUCUCUGGUCAUCUCCUGUACUGUGUCCGCAGUCUCUGGUCAUCCCCUGUACUGUCCGCAGUCUCUGGUCAUCUCCUGUACUGUGUCCGCAGUCUCUGGUCAUCUCCUGUACUAUGUCCGCAGUCUCUGGUCAUCUCCUGUACUGUGUCUGCAGUCUCUGGUCAUCCCUGUACUAUGUCCGCAGUCUCUGGUCAUCUCCUGUACUGUGUCCGCAGUCUCUGGUCAUCUCCUGUACUGUGUCCGCAGUCUCUGGUCAUCUCCUGUACUGUGUCUGCAGUCUCUGGUCAUCUCCUGUACUAUGUCCGCAGUCUCUGGUCAUCUCCUGUACUGUGUCCGCAGUCUCUGGUCAUCUCCUGUACUAUCUCUGCAGUCUCUGGUCAUCUCCUGUACUGUGUCCGCAGUCUCUGGUCAUCUCCU